UCUUCAUUGCACUAUAACAACCUUCUAUCCAUCUCUAACUUUUGUUUCUCAUUCCCAAACAAAAAAUGUCUCUCAUCCAUUCUUGCUUGUGGCCUUCUGCCCUAGUGUCCAUGUUGUUAAUUGCUAUGUGCAGUUUAUCAGAUUGCUAUGACCCCUUGGAUCCAAAUGGAAACUUUACGGUUACCUUCGACACAUAUGAUUGGGCAGAUGAUGGCUAUUUGGCAAAAGUAACCAUCCAAAAUUUCUACCAGUAUCGUCAUGUGGACAAACCUGGUUGGCAGCUUGGAUGGGUUUGGCAACAGAAUGAGGUGAUUUGGUCAAUAACUGGUGCGUUUGCUAACGAUCAAGGAAAUUGCUCUGCGUACCAGACUGAUAUACCACACUCCUGCAAGAAAAAUCCCGAAAUAGUUGACCUCACGCCAGAUGCCUUGUUGGACAACAAAUCGGAGGACUGCUGCCGGGGUGGUGUACUUGAUGCUUUGGCUAUCAACCCUUCCAAGUCAUUAUCUUCGUUUGGAAUUAAAGUCGGAAAUUUGGGAGGAUACCCUUUUAAUGGAAGUCCACCUCUCAAUCUUACUUUGAAGGCACCAGGUCUUGGUUACACCUGUGGGCCUCUUUUGAAUGUUGACCCAACAGUUUCUACGGAUUUUGGGGGUAGACGCCAACGUCCAGUUUUCAGAACUUGGAAAGCAACAUGCACUUAUUCCAGUUUUUUAGCUAGUGAUUCUCCAGUCUGUUGUGUUUCACUCUCUUCAUUUUAUAAUUCUGAGAUCACAUCAUGCCCCAAAUGUAGCUGUGGAUGCAGACCAGUAACAGACAAAAAGAUGGAUACAUGCAUUAGGCAAGCCUACCCUUUAGGAACGUCAGUAGAAUAUGAUGGCGAUGGUCUUGACACAGUGAAAUGCACUGAUCAUAUGUGCCCGAUUCGUGUUCACUGGCAUGUUAAGACUAACUACUUGACUCACUGGAGAGUUAAACUUACAAUUACUAAUUACAACUAUAUGAAAAACUUCUCAAAUUGGAAUGUACUGGUCCAGCACCCUGGUCUCAGUAAGGAAGCAAGAACAUACAGUUUCAACAGUACAAUUCUUCCUACUAGGACUCUUGCAGAUGCAGCUGCCCUGUACUGGGGCAUACCCUACGUCAAUGAAGAGCUGAUUGCAACAACUGAGGAUGGAGUGGGUUCAGUCUCAACAGAGAUGCUUCUGGAAAAGGACUCAAACUCCUUCACAUUAAAAAAUGGAUGGGGUUUCCCAAGAAGACUAUAUUUCAACGGAGAAAUCUGUGAGAUGCCCUUACCAGACACUUACCCAAUGUUGCCAAAUGGCAGCUCCAAACCCAAACCAUCACAUUUCCUCUUCCUUCUU